AUGCUUCGUUCAUCUUCUCGCUUGAAUCUUUCACGGAGCGUACGCUUCAACUCUACGCGGGCCCAACUCGCUUCUGUGCGGUCACGCAACGCGCCUCUUGACAUCCACCCAGAGGUUGAGGAAGCUCUUGCCACCAACAAACCCAUUGUCGCACUCGAAACUGCCCUCGUAUCGCAUGGACUCCCCUUUCCCCACAGUUUAAACGUUCCUAUAGCCCUCGAAGAUGUUGUUAGGCUGACAGGUUGCGUUCCUGCUACCAUUGGCAUUAUUGGUGGCCGCAUCAAAAUUGGCCUUACUCGAAACGAGUUGGAAAGAUUGGCGGAUCGUAGCGGGGACCCUUGCAAGGUCUCAAGGCGAGAUAUCGCCGCUGCGGUGGCCACGAAAUCCGAUGGCGGGACAACGUGCAGUGCUACACUGGUAUUUGCGGCCAUGGCUGGGAUCAAGAUUUUUGCAACGGGAGGGCUUGGGGGAGUGCAUCGUGGUGGCGAGAACACAAUGGACGUCUCAGCGGAUCUGCACGAACUGACUCGCUGUCCCGUGGGGCUGGUAUCAGCGGGCGUCAAAUCCAUUCUGGAUAUCGGAAAGACCUUAGAAUAUCUGGAAACUCUCGGUGUCCCAACCUUGACCUAUGGAGAAUCUCGAGAGUUCCCUGCCUUCUUUUCACGCCACAGCGGCUUCAAGGUCCCCUGGAAUGUGAAUGAUCCUGUUACGGCUGCCAAAGUACUCCAUACUCAAUGGCAACUGGGUAUGGUAAACGGAGCGUUGAUCGCAGUUCCCAUCCCAGCAGAAUGCGAGGCGAGCGGUGAAAAGAUCCAGGCGUGCGUUAACCAGGCGGUCCUGGAAUCUGAAGAGAAUGGGAUAUCCAGACGCGGCAAAGAUGCUACGCCUUGGCUUCUCAACAGAGUUGCCGAGCUAAGUGCAGGGGAUUCACUCGUGUCAAACAUCGCCCUUCUAAAAAAUACUGCUUUAAUUGGGGGACAGAUUGCUGUCCAGUAUCAGAAGUUGCUGCCUGAAAUUUAUCACGAGGCCGAAUUGGCUCCACGACUUAGGCCAUCAGCUGGCUUAUUCAAAAAAGAGGAGGAAGCUGUACUCUUUCCAACUGCCAACGUUGUCGUCAUUGGCUCCGCCGCCCUUGACAUAACCGCUCAAGCUGAUACAAAUACGAAUCCUUCUCAAGCGAUGCACUCAACCGCCCCAGGUACAGUGUCUAUGUCGUUGGGCGGCGUCGCACGAAAUAUUGCCGAGGCGUCGCACCGCAUCAUGGAGGCCCGCUAUCCCGACCUUUCUUCUUUGCUCAUUGCUCCCGUUGGCAAUGAUCACUUUGGUGAUGCCCUUGUCCAGGAGAUUUCCAAUUUGAGGAUGAGAACUGACGGACUCGUAAAAACUGACAAACGAACCGCGGUUUGCAACAUGGUUCUCAACAGUGGUGGUGCUCUCGUUGGCGGCGUUGCUGAUAUGGAUAUCACUCGAACGUUUAAUGGGGAUACGGUCAUGUUGUCUUGUAUUCAAAAGCAUACGCCCAGCGUUGUCGCUCUUGAUGGAAACUUAUCCCCCGAAAGUAUCACGGCUGCUGUCGACUAUUGCAAUCAAAAUGGUAUUGCAGUGCUCUUCGAACCUACUUCUGCAAUCAAAUCUGCUUCAAUCUUACCAGCCAUUUCAUCUUUCCUGCGAAGAGACAACUCUGAUGGACCCCCAAUCACCUUCUUCACUCCCAACUUGUUGGAAUUGACUCAUCUCUACCAAGCAACACGAUCUGAAGAGUUCGACCUGAUGUCUCAUCCGGCCUGGUGGAACGUCGUUGAUAGCCUCAACCUUGGCUCGGCCUUCAGAACUGAUUUGGAACAACUAGCCAGAAAACCUGUCGACGUCGAUGAUUCCUCGAAGGGAAAUCUAUCGUUCCUCGUUGAUCAGGGGAUCGCACAGAUGGUAGUUCAUCUACUGCCCUUCUUCCAGCAUAUUUUCGUCAAGUGUGGAGAUCGUGGUGUUCUCGUGGCGAUGUGCAUACCUGAGAAGGAUUCGCUGGCCUCAGCGUGGGCACGUGAACGAAGCAAUCCUCAUAAAAGGUAUAUAGUUGCACAUGGAAAAGCAAAAGAAAUCAUGGUUCUGCAACAUUUCCCCGCUUUGCCCAUCGAAACGGUGGCGAACGUGACCGGCGCCGGAGACUCUUUCGUUGGUGCCCUCUUAGCUAGUGUGGCGGGCGAACCUGGAUCAAUGCAACACCCCAACGGUCUUGAGGAGAUUGUAUCCCUAGCUCAGACAGCGGCGAUAACGACAUUACAAAGUCAUUUUGCCGUCUCACCGCGGCUUUCCGAGCUGGUAAAGUUGUAG